UAACACAUCAGUCGGUUGCUUUCUCACCGGAAUCAGCUGUAGCCCACAGUUUGAUUUGUUCUAAAAUGGAAAACAUUUCGAAGAUCUGGUUGGGUCCACUGCCUGCUGACUCGCCCUAUGUAAAACCAUUUCGCAUGUAUUACGUGCAAAAUGGCGUCGAAAAAAAUUGGGAUCUACUGAAAGUACACGACAGCGUUGCGAUUAUAUUGUUCAACACGACACGUCAAAAACUUGUGCUUGUGCGUCAAUUUAGACCGGCUGUUUAUCAUGGUGUGAUAGCGAGUAAGGAGGGUAGCUUCGACAAUGUCGAUUUGGAGGCCUUUCCGCCAUCGAUCGGUGUGACCUUGGAAUUGUGCGCUGGUAUUGUGGAUAAGUCCAAAAGCUGGAAAGAAAUCGCUCGUGAGGAGGUGCUUGAAGAAUGUGGGUAUGAAGUGUCCGUGGACCGCAUUGAGGAAGUAAUGAACUACAGAUCUGGUGUUGGCUCUUCGGGUGCCAAGCAAGCGAUGUACUACUGCGAAGUAACCGAUGCGGAUAAAGUCAAUAGCGGGGGCGGCGUGGAAGAUGAAUUGAUUGAGGUGGUGGAACUGUCACUGGAUGAGGCAAAGAAAAUGGUGCAGCAGGGCGCCAUCAACAACAGCCCACCCAGCUGCCUAAUGGGUCUUCUGUGGUUCUUUGCAAACAAAGCUCCCGCAAACGCCUAGAUCUUUUAUCAGAUGUUAUUUACGCAUUUGUGUUAUCUGCGUUGAUAACAUCUCCAUAACGAUAAUACUCUGCGCUGAACCUUAGACGAUAAAUAUACAUACGGAGAACUUCACAUGCUUUCCAAUCCACAUUUGAAUCAGUUAAUGUGCGUAGAGUACCCAAAUUGCAAUGCCUUUCGAGUCUACCCUGUGUUUACUUAUACAUACAUGUAUAGAAAAAUAAAUGUGUGGGUAUUUUGUUUAUCGUUA